GAUUACAAUGAGCAUUGUCGCUUACUUGGAUCCCUGUGGCAAUAAACUUCGCAUUUCCUAUAAAAGUACCCCUCUCUAUUUCUAGUUUCUAGUCUAGCAAUAAAAAAACAAAUUCCAGAGUAAAGAAGUUCACAAUUAACCCCCUUCCUCCCUUCCAAUUUUCCUUCCUACACACAUGAAAAAAGGAGAGGAACUGGGGAGUAAAGGAAUAGCAAUUGACUGGGACGAGCUAAUCAACAACAACGACGAUCCUCCGGCUGAGCUAGUUGUUACCUCGGCAAUAAAACAUCAACAGUUCACCAUGGACGGAGAAGAAGGAAUUUCGCACUUAUCCAUUACAGAAUUAAUUGAUAAAAUUGCGAGGUUAAAAAAGUCAUUGUCUAGCAACAUUGGUGCUAGGUUACCUGAUGGUGGUCAAAAGCUUAAAGCUAAUAUUAAAUUGCAUGAAGAUGAAUUAGAACGAAGGAAACGGGUCGGGUCUCAAAAGGAAGUUGAUGGAUGCGUGAGGCAUGACUUUUGUUCUAUUGGUGCACCUGAUAACUUCGAGCCACAGGCUUCACCAUCUGUGUCCUCUUCACAGGCCACCUUUGCUGCUUGUUUUUUGAACAAGUUGGAAGCAAAACAGGCAGAGUCUAAGCCAGCCAAUGCUUUCCAAGAAGAAUUAUAUGCUCUGAAUCCCUGUGACCGCAAAAGUACAUUAAACAACCAGUUCUCAAAAAGAAAACGGCACAAGCGAGAGUCGUUGUCACAGGAAGCACAUUAUAAAUUUCCUGUAGACAAUGGUGAACAAGUUUUAAAUGUUGAUCUAAAGGGAAGGGAUUCUUCUAGUCGUUGUUCUGAAGAAAGUAUCACCAUCUGUUUCUCGGAGAAGACCAAAGCCUCUCAAGCCCGAUCUUCAUAUACUAGAAGGCAUGCAAAUGGGGAGGCUGUUGUUCUAGUGGAUGAGGGGGAACCUGAUGCAAUUAAAGAGACAGAGCAAGUGGACCAAGUGGUUGAACGAAAGGUAACCAAGAUAUACUAUCCUUCACGGGUUGAUCCUGAAUCCGUUGAAAUUUGUUGUUCGGACAUGGAAUCUCUUGCACCUGAAGCAUAUUUGUCAUCGACUAUAAUGAAUUUCUACAUCCGGUACCUCCAGAAGACAAAACUUCAUGCAGAUGUAGAUGCGUAUCACUUUUUCAAUACAUAUUUUUACCAGAAGCUCAAAGAGGCUGUACUGACCAAGCAGAAUGAAAAGGAAGCUUCAUUUGUCAGACUAAGAAGAUGGUGGAAAGGGGUGAAUAUAUUUGAGAAAGCCUAUAUAUUUCUUCCCAUACAUGAAGAUCUUCAUUGGAGCUUGGUUAUAAUUUGCAUACCAGAUAAAGAAGACCAACUGGGACCAAUUUUACUUCACUUGGAUUCAUUAGGGCUCCAUUCCAGCGAGUCCCUUUUCGCUACCAUAAGAAAAUUUUUGGUACAAGAAUGGAAAUUCUUAAGACAAGGGGAAGUGCCAGCUCUUCCUAUUUCAGACAAAAUAUGGGAAAAUCUUCCACGAAGAAUAAAUGAAAACAUCAUUCCGGUCCCACAACAAAGAAAUGAGUAUGACUGCGGUCUCUUUGUUCUUUUCUUUAUGGAGCGUUUCAUUGAACAAGUUCACGGAAGGCUUAAAAAGAAGGAUUUCGCGAUGUUUGGACGAAGGUGGUUCAAACCUGAAGAAGCCUCUUGUUUGAGGAUGAAAAUCCGCUGCAUACUCAAGAUAGAAUUCAAGAAUGCGAGUGAGGAUUGAUAUUUUUGGGAUCGCUACUGUACACAAGUAACUGCUCCUGCUUAAAGCAUUCCGCCUAUAGGUUUUUAGCAUAGACAAGGAAAUCACCAAAGCUCAUGAAAUGCCUGCUGUGGGUAGCAAGUUGGAUACUGUCAGUCACACACCUUUGUUCAUUAGAGAUAAUGGAACUGCUCUAUGUAUCCCCACUGUAAAGCGAGGUUACUCACCAAAAUCUGGGAAGGAGAAAUUGAACAUCCAUCCAUAAACAGGCAGAAGAUUUGGGAGAACUGAUAUUGGCCAUCCGAUGGGAAGGAGAAAUACACUAGACUUCCCCGGUCAACAUAUACAUUGUACAGAAAUCUUAAUUGAACAUCCACUAAGGGGAAAAAGCAGAAGAUUUGGGUCAGUGAAUAUGUCACAUCUGCUGAAGCGAGUAACCCUUAAAACCAGAAGCCGCGGCAAUGUAAUGUACAUUUCAAAGAUGGAAGGUCUCGUGUAUCACCAAUAUUGUCCCCUCCACUUGUGGCAGUUUUCCUUCUGCUAAAAACAGUUUCACAUGUAAAUUUUGCAUUGAAUGAAGCAAACGUAACGUCAAAGCUUCAGCUGAAUGAAGCAACACAUUUUCACCUACUUUUGGAUCAUGCAAGCAAUUUUUACUGCUUCAUCUUCUCACUUGAUAAUUUAUCAAACGAGCCAAUUUAGUUAGAAUCUUGCGGAUCCAGUCUUUUUUCAUAUCACUUCUGUGGCUCUUUGUUUUCACCUCAGGAAUUAUUUAUAGAAGAAAAGAAAUCUGGUUUAUCUGA